AUGGCUGCGUAUCUUCUGCUAGUCGGACGAGGAAGAAAUGGAAGGAGAGUGGUGGCACAGCGCCGUAGCGAUCCUUUGGACUCACUGACUGACGAGGAGGUUGUAUCCAGGUAUCGCCUGAACAAACGUGGGAUCCAGAAACUGGUGCAGUUGAGAGGCCUAGAGAGACCAACCAAGAGGUCAAAGGCACUGACACCGUUGCAGCAGGUUCUGACUGCCUUAAGGUUUUUUGCCACUGGGACCUUUCAGUCAGCAAUCGGUGACCUGCACGGUAUCAGUCAGCCGGCGGCUUCAAGGGCAAUCUCUGCUGUGGCAGCUGCAAUCGCUGCAUCAGACGACGCUGAACUUGCUGUGUCUUUCCCACAUGACCCAGUGGAUGUGAGAAGAACACAGCAAGAGUUCUUCAGGGUUGCUGGGUUUCCCAGAGUUCUGGGAUGCCUGGAUGGAACCAUGGUCCCCAUACUGGCUCCCCAUGAUGAUGAAUACCUGUAUGUGUGUAGGAAGGGGUUUAAUGCCAUUAAUGUUCAGGCAGUGUGUGAUGCCCGUCUCUUGUUUACUAAUCUUGUGUGCCAGUUUCCAGGCAGCACACAUGAUUCUUUUGUAUGGAGGCAGUCUGGCCUGGGGACUGCAUUUGAGUCAGGGGACAUGCCCCCUGGGUUUAUCCUCGGUGAUUCAGCCUAUGUGUUGAGGCCUUGGCUGAUGACACCAAAAUUACAUGUGGCAUCAACUGCGGAUGCUGCAUACAAUGCGGCACAUAUGAAGAUGCGUAAUCUCAUUGAGCGUGCUUUUGGUGUCCUAAAGAGCCGCUUCAGGUGCCUUCACAAGUCAGGAGGGUGCCUGAUGCAUUCUCCAGAGGCCAGUGCCAACAUCAUCCUGGCAUGUUGCAAGCUUCACAAUUUUUGCAUCAGGGAAGGGAUGCCUGAUGUUGAGGUGGACGCGUGUGUCAACGACUGUCAAGAUGUGCAUCUGGGAGAGUACCCAGCCGAUGGAGACAGUCCUCUAAGCCGUUUUCCAAUUACGGUGGGAGUUGGAAAAAAAUUGUCCUUUUCAGGACUACCCACCAACAAACCUUCUCAGAAAAGCUAUGCCAAAAUUAUUGAAAUUUAA